GCCUUCACUACUGCUGCCAUCCCGAGUAGUACCGGCAGAGGAAUCACUCUUAUAUCUUGACCCGCGCGAUUUCUGUUUUGACAUGGCAUUUCGCGGCACGGAAAGUCCCAUGGACUUUGAAUGGCAAGGCCACGGUCCAAUUGAUCCUUCUUCGCCUUUUCAUAAACACAUGAUGGACGCUCAAGCGAAGAAACGCCCUCACAGCGAGUUUGACUCGCCCAAGAAAUCCGUUCUACCAUCCCUCCGCGCACCCAACAACCAACCAUUCUUUUUCUCAAACGCUCCAUCGACCACAACGCCUGCUGCAUCCCCUUUCCGUGCUCCCUCUUUCACGACUCCACGCAAACCUUUCGACAUAGAUUUCUCUUCCGGCCCAGAAAACUCCUCGCCUCUCGAUCAGACGGACAACGAUGAGACUCCAGACGCCAAACCCAUCCCAAUUGAGUUCAAGAGUAGUCCUCAGCGAACAGAAAACAAGAGAAGCUCAUUAUUCGGUCUCUAUGGCGGAUUUGCGCAGAGUCCAGGUCGAGGAGAGAUUCGAAAACCUCACAGCGACGCCAUUGCACGACGGAUACACAAGAAGCGGCGGCGAGCACAGAAGUUUGACAAGCAAUUGGUGCUAAGCAGAAGAGACAACACGGACGAUAGCGACGACGAGCCUACCCCUAGCCCUACCGAAUCGCAAAAGCCAAAGGUGGAAGAGGUGGGAUGGAUUACCGGACUGUUCACAUUCAUUCACACGUAUCCAGACGCGCCGUCUAUCAUCGCAAAGUACUUACAGGUGUUCUUCAAUGCCGUUAUUCUGGGCGGUUGUCUGUACAUGUUCUGGUCUUUCUAUGCUACAAUCCGAGCAGACGUGGACCGGGCAAGUGAAGAUGCUAUGGCGGAAGUGCUGGCGGAGAUGGCAACAUGUUCGAGGAAUUAUGUCGAGAAUCGGUGUGCUGCCGACACCAGAUUACCGGCUCUGGAGACUGUGUGCAGUAAUUGGGAAUUAUGCAUGAACCGGGAUCCAAAGGCAGUGAAGCGGGCGAGACUGAGUGCACACACAUUUGCCGAGAUUUUCAACAGUUUUGUCGAGCCCAUCAGUUUGAAGACCAUGAUUUUUACCAUCACAUUGGUUGUGGUCGGAUUAAUUGUCAACAACGCCACGUUUACACUGUACCGGCGACAACAAGAACAUCACAGCACGAGUAUGUAUCGUCCUCCCUCGGGGUCAUACAUGCAUCCUGGACAGCAUGACGGUCCCAUGGGCGGUUUUGCUCUACCUCCGGGCACGCCAUACGGUCAACCCUAUGUAGGCUGGCAUGGCGAUCAAGGCUUUGGAGGUCAACAGCAAAUCGAAUACCAACGAAGUCCCAGCAAGGAGCAUCGAGCACGGAGUAGGAGUCCGGAGAAGAAGGCUGUAUACUGACGACCGUGAUGAUUGAACACUAUUCUUUUUCGGUUUGAAUGUAUGUUUUGGACGACCAUUGUCAGCACUGUUGUACUGUCGUCUCAGCAUGCAGGUAGCGAGUUGGUACCCACCCCAAAGAAGUGAUUGAUUCCAGCGGGACCUGAUUAUGUAUUGGGCAGCAACAAGGCACCAGAUAGUCCAAGUCACAUCGUUGGUUAAAUGUCAUGUCAAUUUGCCUUGAGACGAGCAGCACUCGCACUCAACUUGCCUGAGAAACCUCAACUUUGCCAUACUCUGUCUGUGAAGUGUUUUGCGGGACUCAAGGGAUGUGCAAAGUAUGGUAUGAUGAAUAGGGACCGCGCAUGAGAUGGGAAGAGAUGAUCAGUCGUCGCAU